GCGCCCAGCCGCCGCGGUUGCUAGGUAACGCGCGGUCUCCCAGCCACCCAGCCACUGGCCGCUCGGCUUGCGGCUGAGCAAUGGGGCCGCGGGCCUUUCUGCGGCUCCUGCUUGUUCUCCUAGAGUGCUGGGCCUCCGUGAGCGCCCAGGCCGGGACCAUCCCGGCCGGGACCACCCUGGUGGUAGCGACGGAGGGCCUCAACUCCACCAAACCAGUCCCGACGACUCUCCGACCUGUUUUAUCUUCUAAGUCCCCUGAGAUCCCCAGGGCUUCCAGGCCCUUCUCCGGCCCCAGACCCGCCCCGAUCACAGACGUUGCUGCUCUGUGUGUCUGUGACUUGUCUCCAGCACAGUGUGACGUCAACUGCUGUUGUGAUCCUGAUUGCAGCUCCGUGGAUUUCAGUGUCUUUUCUGCCUGCUCAAUUCCAGUUGUCACGGGUGAUAGUCACUUUUGUAGUCAAAAAGCAGCUGUCUAUUCAUUGAAUUUAACAGCAGACCCCCCUCAGAGAGUAUUUAAACUUGUCGACCAGAUCAACCCAUCUAUUUUCUGUGUUCAUAUUACAAACUAUAAACCUGCAUUAUCCUUUAUUAAUCCAGAAGUGACUGAUGAAAGCAGUUUUGAUAAAUUGAUGAAAGCACCUGAUGGUUUUUCACUGAAUGCAGAAUCAGAUGUUUCAACCAGACUGGAUGCUCCCCAAACUGCAAAAUAUGAGUAUGGGGUUUAUCUGCAGACUUCAGAUUCAUUUUUGAGAUUUCCUUCUCCCCUUACAUCAUCUCUGUGCACUGAUAAUAACCCUGCAGCAUUUCUGGUUAACCAAGCUGUUAAGUGCACCAGGAGGAUAAAUCUGGAAUAUUGUGAAGAAAUGGAAACCCUGAGCAUGGCUUAUUACAGCAGCCCUAGAAUUUUGAGGGUGCCUGGUUCAGGAAUAGAGGUCCCUAUCACGGUUCAGUCCAUCGUCAUUCGAUCUCUAAAUAAAACACUAACCCGACUGGAAGACACGGAAAUACUGAGGGUAUCAAAGCAGGGUGUUGUUGAGGCGGGGCCUGUUGAAAUCUGCACUAACGUCGUUCUUGAGGUGACAUACAGCCUCACAUAUACAGAUGCAGGUGAGGUAAUAAAAGCUGAUCUCUUUCUUCUUCUGGGAGCAGUGAGCAGUGCAAUGGUUCCACUCCAGCAAAAGUUUGAAGUUUAUUUUAUUCAGCAAAACACAAAGCCAGUUCCUCUCAGUGGAAACCCUGGUUAUGUGGUGGGGCUCCCGUUAGUUGCCGGAUUCCAGCCUCAGAAGGGCACAACUGAGCAAGACUGCUUAGCAGUAGAGGGGAUCCGGGCCCCGGUAUUAUUUGGUUACAACAUGCAGUCUGGCUGUAAACUCAGACUGACCAAAGCUCUCACAUGUCAGCUGUUGGCGCAGAAGAUGAAGAGCCUGCUAAAGGGUCAGGGCUUCCCAGACUAUGUGGCCCCUUUUGGAAAUUCCCAGGCCCAGGAUGUGCUGGACUGGGUGCCCGUCUAUUUCAUCACCCAGACGUCACAUGUGAAGGAAUCCUGCCAGCUCCCAGUGGCUUUGACGGUAGAAGUGAAGUGGACUAAAUACGGAUCCUUAUUGAACCCACAGGCCAAAAUAGUCAAUGUAACUGCAAAUCUAAUUUCAUCUUCCUUUCCUGAGACCAACUCAGGAAAUGAAAGGACGAUUCUUAUUUCCACUGCGGUUACUUUUGUGGAUGUGUCUGCCCCUGCAGAGGCAGGCUUCAGAGCUCGGCCAACCAUCAACGCCAGGCUGCCCUUUAAUUUCUUCUUCCCAUUUGUUUGAUGUAAGUCGUUAAAUAAGGAAACUACACCGUAUCUGCAGAAUUCAGCACGUGUGGGGCCCACGGUCCCUUGGAGACAUUCCACUUUAUUAUAACCCUUGAGAUUGCCCCCAGACCAGCACACUUCCUUUCCACUCACUUCCCUCCUCUCGUCUCCCUUCGGGAAUGUCCUUCUAGUUGGUCUGACAUUAGAAGGGGGCAUCAUCUGGUCUUAGCCAGUUCCAGUACUCUCAACACAUAGGUCAUAUGUGGAAACCAAGUUGCACCUUUGAGAAGACACGAGGACAGACCUUCAAGUAGUGCAGGCGUUGAGGGUUUAUCCAGUUUAUUCAUCCCCUGCUUUAAAUGUGAGUUAUUUUUAAAAUAUUAUUUUUCAUUCAGGUUUUCUUCCU